UGCAGCGUCCUGGUGAGGAGUCGGAUCGUCUCCGUUCUUGUCGGAUGAUACUGCAGACGAGUUCCACCGGUUUCUCAAAAGCCUGAAUCACUUCCUGAUGAAACCCUAUCGAUGGCAGCGAGAACUGCGUGUGUGUGGACGAUGUGAAGAGAAAAACUGACACGUGGAUUUCUCCUCCUCCGGUCAUCAUAUCACCACAGGAGCCGUACAGUCCCACUCACCACCCGCUGCUCCGGUUAUUUAUCUUUUUUAACCCUCUCCCUCCCUCCUUCCCCAAAGUGUUUAUGUUUAUGGGUGGCAGAGUAGAAAAAGCGAGAUAUGUCGGUGCGAGUCCGACGUGACAGAGCUCGUUUUUAUUGCGCGAUCGAGCGGGAUUAAAGUAAAUCGACACAACAGUUGUGAAGGAGGCUGCCGUCAGCUCGCCUUGAAUGGCAGUUAUUCAAAAAGGCAAGAACUCCACUCUGGAUUUGGUCUGCUACAAGGAAACCCAAACGACCAACAAGAUCGGGAUCCCUGUGUGUCCGAAGAAGUGGACCGAACAGAAUGGAAACUGGUCCAGGCCGAUGGCGAGGGUAUGGACAGUGGUGCUGUUGCUCGGAACCUGCCUUCUGUACUGCGCCCGUGUGGCCAUGCCCAUCUGUGCCGUUACCAUGGCAGAGCAGUUCAAGUGGAACAAGCGAGAGACUGGAAUGGUGCUCGGCAGCUUCUUCUGGGGUUACUGCUUCACCCAAGUGUUUGGAGGCUACGUCAGUGACCGGGUGGGAGGUGAAAAGGUUCUCCUGCUGUCUGCAGCAGCGUGGGGCUCGAUGACCGCCUUCACCCCGAUGCUGGCGCACUUCUGCUCCCAGCCAAUCAUCUCCAUGACGCUGGCUCGAUUCCUCAUGGGCUUGUUGCAAGGAGUUCAUUAUCCGUCUCUGGCGAGCCUGUGCUCUCAGAAGGUGGUGGAAAGCGAGAGAGGCUUCCUCAUGAGCACUGUGGGCAGUGGCUCCUAUUUGGGAACACUGCUGAUUGGAGGAGCUGGCUCACUCCUGUUGGACAUGUAUGGCUGGGAGAGUGUGUUUUAUCUCUCCGGUCUUCUCUCAGUCUUCUGGGCAUACUGCUUGUGGAAAUGUCUCCUCAAAGGAGAAGGUCCUAUCAUCACGCUCGAGUCCCUGGGAAGUGGUGGAACUCAGUCCAAACUAUCCAAGAGACACUGGUUACGGCUCUUCAGACAACCUGCAGUCUGUGCUGUGAUCCUUACACAUCUAUGCACCUCCAGCACCUUCUUCACUGUUUUGUCGUGGCUGCCAACAUUUUUUAGAGACACUUUCCCUGAAGCCAAGGGUUGGGUGUUCAAUGUCAUUCCCUGGUUUGUGGCCAUUCCCUCAUCUGUCUUCAGUGGCUGCAUGUCUGACCACCUCAUCAAUCAAGGAUUCGAUACUGCUUCAGUGAGGAAGUUGAUGCAGUUUUGCUCCAUGGGGGUGUCCAGUGCGUUCACACUACUUCUUUGUGGCAACACCACCUUCCCCUGGGCUAUUGCAUUUGUGUCUGCUGCCAUGGGCCUCUUCACAUUCAGUCACAGUGGGGUAUCUGUAAAUGUUCAAGAUCUGGCUCCAUCAUGUGCUGGAGCUUUAUUUGGUGUUAUGAAUACAUGUGGAGCCUUCUCAGGGGUCCUAAUGGUGUAUUUCUCGGGGUAUCUAAUUGAGACAACAGGCUCGUGGGCAUCUGUGUUUGCUCUCAUCACCAUAGUCAACCUGCUGGGCCUCUGCAUAUUCCUUGCCUUUGCGGAGGCACGCCGGGUCGACAUUGACUCAAGCAAGGUCCGUCACCACAACACAUACAUCUAAACCGUUACUGUCGCCAUCGGAGGAGCCAGAACCUUGUUCUCAUGUGAAAUGUGACUUAAAGUAACCAGCAGCUGGGACACGACUCGCGUCGGAGAACCUGCCAUCGGACCCGCCGUCGGACCUCAAGUAGCACGUUCAUGCAAAUCUGUGCCUGUUGAAGGAAGUAGUGCAAUAGUUCUGUCAAAGCACACAGGAAACCUGCACAAUGUUCCUGGAGCUCGAGAAGAAAGGAUGCAGUGGUAACACCAAACAUUUACUUGGCUACUGAUUGUUUUUUUUUUCUCUUUUGUGUUACUGAAAAAUGCUUUGACGUGAGGAUGAUUGACACGCUCCUGUCUGUCAGUUGUGACAGACAAAGUCCUGUGGGACCGCCUAAGUGAUACAUGCGUUUAAACCUUCAUUCUUUUAUUACUACGUCUGAGUGACACCUCAUUACCCAGCAACUAAUUACUUGGCUGGCGCUUCCAAUGUUCUGUACAAUUUAGCAUCUGUAGUCCUUUUCACCAUGGUUACAACCUCAUCUCAACGUUACAGUUUGGAGUGGGUAAAAGCAAUCAUGUUAAAGUGUGUACUGUAUGUUGUCUGGGUGCAUAUGUUUCGAGUAAGAAGACCAAAGAGAAAUUAUUUUUGCAUUUUAACUUUAUGGCCCAUGCGUACUGUAGAAAUGCCUCACUCAAAUGUUUUACACGUCUUAUUUUUGACAUUUUUUUGAGUAUCUGUUCAUUUAUUUUUAGACCACCAAAUCAUAACAAAAGUUACCUCAAAGUACAAUCCAAGAGAACGGUCUCGACCUUACUCACCCCACACUGUAACAAAGAAAAAAAUAUCUUCAGCUGUGGUUGCCAGAAUAAUUCUGUAAAAAGGAAAAGUAUAUAAAUACAUUUUCAGGAAAUACUAUAAGUUCUACGGUAUAAAACUUGUAAUUUGCAAAAAAUAAUAAAAGGCAAGUGGGGUACAGGCAGCCUUGUAGCGGGUCUGUUCUGUUUAAGAAGUAAGCACACUAACUGCUUGCACCACCAUUCUAUCACAUGGUGCUGAUUAGUCUGAAAAUGAACAGAAUUGCAGAAUCCAUUUCAUCCUAUUGAUGUAUAACCUACUCAAUUCUAAACAGACAUGCCAUUUGUCCGAAGUCCUCAUAUUAACAUACUUUGUACAAAUACAGUAAAAAUAUGUUAAUAUGGCAACAUGACAAACAAUUUAUUAUAUUUUCAGAGUAUUUCCUACUGUGUGACAACACAAUGGUACAAACGGUGAGCGUGCUUGUCUCCCAAAUGAACUAUCCCGGGUUCAAGGCUACUUGAGGCUCAUUAUCCUUAUAGACUUAGAGCUGUGUUAGAAAAACCAGAUCAACAUGUACUUUAUCUUCCAUGCCAAAUUUUGUGUGGUGGCCGUGAGCAAAAUGGGAGCAGAACAACAAUAUCUCACUAACUCACUCACUCAUCUUCAACCGCUUAUUCCAAUUAAGGGUCACGGGGAGCUGGAGCCUAUCCCAGCUGUCAUAGGGCGUGAGCCGGGGUACAACCUGGAC